ACGGGCCUAGCCGCGACACUUCAGUUCAGCUUUCCUGGUGGCAGUCGCGGGGUGCAUCCCUCUGGGCCAGUCUGUAGUUUGUGGCUGAACAAUAUGGAGGCGGGUCGGUCUGACUUUAAUAUUGAUGCUCCCCGCUGGGACCAGUGCACUUUCCUGGGGCGCGUGAAGCACUUUUUUAACAUCACAGAUCCUCGCACGGUCUUUGCAUCAGAGCAGGAGCUGGACUGGGCCAAGGUGGUGGUGGAGAAGAGCAGGAUGGGACUUGUGCCCCCUGGCACUCAGGUGGAACAGCUGCUGUAUGCGAAGAAGCUCUAUGACUCGGCCUUCCACCCCGACACUGGAGAGAAGAUGAAUGUCAUUGGGCGGAUGUCCUUCCAGGUCCCUGGUGGCAUGCUCAUCACGGGCUUCAUGCUCCAGUUCUACAGGACAAUGCCUGCGGUCAUCUUCUGGCAGUGGGUGAACCAAUCCUUUAAUGCCUUGGUCAACUACACCAACAGGAAUGCAGCUUCCCCCACGUCGGUCAGGCAGAUGGCCCUCUCCUACUUCACAGCUACUACCACUGCGGUGGCCACUGCAGUAGGCAUGAACAUGUGGACAAAGAGAGCCCCACCCUUGGUGGGCCGAUGGGUGCCUUUUGCCGCUGUGGCUGCCGCUAACUGUGUCAAUAUCCCAAUGAUGCGACAGCAGGAACUCAUUCAGGGCAUCUGCGUGAAGGACAGGAACCAAAAUGAGCUUGGCCAUUCUCGGAGAGCUGCAGCUGUGGGCAUUGCACAAGUGGUUAUCUCUCGGAUCACCAUGGCAGCCCCUGGCAUGAUUCUGUUGCCAGUCAUCAUGGAGAGGCUGGAGAGACUACAUCUGAUGAAGAAGGUGAAAGUGUUGCACGCCCCUCUGCAAGUCUUGCUGUGUGGCUGCUUCCUCCUCUUUAUGGUGCCAGUGGCGUGUGGACUCUUCCCUCAGGAAUGUGAAUUAUCAGUUUCCUAUCUAGAGCCAGAGCUACGGGACACCAUCAAGGCCAAGUAUGGAGAACGAGUCCUCUUUGUCUACUUUAAUAAGGGUCUUUAAGUGCUCCCUCCAUGCCCACAAGAACCAGUCCGUACGCCGUGUGGACCAGCUUUUCCCUGGCAGCUGUGCAUACCUGUGUCUACAUUCCUCUUUGCAAUAAGGUCUGAAAGCCAGGCUAGAUGGGGAAUAGAGUAGCCUCUAUUUGGGUGGGAAGACGGUUCCUGCUUCUGUGUAAGCACCUAAUCUAUUGGACUCCAGAGGGCAAAAUUCAAAAGGGGAUCAAGGUGGUCAGGGAUGUAGCUUGUUUGGGAGUGUUUGCCUAGCAUUCACAAAGCUCCCGAUUCCAUUUUUUGUACCCGUACGAUUCAGGCAUAGUUUUAUAUGCCUGUGAUCCCUGUACUUAAGAGGUGGAGGCAGGAGAAUUGGAAGUUCAAAGUUGACAGGUAGUGGUGGCACACAUCUUUAGAUUCAGGAGGCAGAGGCAGGCUGAUCUCUGAGUGUGAGGCCAGCCUGGUCUACAGAGCUAAUUCCAGGAUAGCCGGGGCUACACAGAGAAAUCUUGUCUCAAACAAAACAAAACCCAAAAAAACAAA